AUGGCCACGCGAUCCCACCACUACGGUACUUUCGCUAAUGCCACCGCCGAGGACGACGCCAGCCCUACCUGUGUAACGGACGACGACGGAAUUGGAACUGGAAUUGGAAGCGCGGCAAUGGCUAGGCAAAGCGAAGAGCCGUCGAAAACUGGCGAUGAGAGUGUCGCGCUCGCGGCGGCCAUUCAGCAUGAGCACGAGCUGUCGUUUUGGCAGGCCGCGCAAUUGUACCCGAAGGCUGUCGGAUGGUCAGCAUACGUCUCGAUUGGGGUUAUCAUGUUGGCUUUCGAUCCACAGAUUAUUGGGAACAUGUUCGCGAUGCCGCAGUUUCAAAAGGAUUUUGGGUAUGAACUUGAUGGCGAGUAUGUUAUCACGGCGGCGUGGCAGACCGGCUUAUCGCUGGGGAACCCAAUCGGACAGGUCGUCGGCGCUUUGUUCUCUGCGUACCCGCUCGAGCUGUUCGGUCGCAAGUGGACUUUUUUCGGGUGCAUCUUGUUGACUGCGUGUCUCGUCUUCAUCCAAUUCUUCGCGCGCUCGCUCCAGGUUCUACUUGUGGGCGAGCUGAUCGGGGGUUUGGUCCUUGGAUGUUUCGUUGUUAUCGGUCCUACGUAUGCAUCUGAGGUGUGCCCUAUGGCGCUGCGUGGGUAUUUGACAAGUUACACCAACCUGUGCUUCGUCACCGGGCAGCUUCUUGGCAAUGGUGUUACUGCCGGGACCUCGCAGCUUGAGAAUCAUUGGGCGUACAGUAUCCCGUUCGCGCUGCAGUGGUUCUGGGUCGUCAUUAUAAUUCCAGGUGUAUUCUUCAUCCCGGAAUCGCCUUGGUGGUUAGUGCGUAAAGGGAGAAUGGAGGAUGCGAAAGACGCUUUGCGCCGACUGUCGUCUUCCGAUGUUGAUGUUGAUGCGAUGUUGGCUGUUAUAGCGGAGACGGAUAGGCUUGAGUUGGAGAUGGAGGCAGGGAGCACUUAUCUAGAUACAAUUAGGGGCGUCAAUCUGCGACGGACUGAGAUCUCGACCGGCGUGUAUACCACUCAGGUUUUAAGUGGUAUAUAUCUCAUCAACUACGGAACUUACUUUUUCGAACAGGCGGGAUUGCCGACGAAGAGCGCAUUUAACAUGGGCAUUGGAUUUUUGGCUGUGGGCUGGGUCUGCACUGUUCUGUCGUGGUUCCUAAUUGCCCGUUUUGGCCGCAGACGCAUAUUCAACGUUGGCCUAUCAGUUCUUAUCCUCAUGAUGUUCAUAAUCGGCAUUCUAGACAGCAUCCCCGGCCGGCCUUCAGGUGUCGCCUGGGCCGAGAGCUCGCUGAUGCUGGUAUGGAACGGCGCAUACGAUCUUUCCGUCGGCCCUAUAACUUUCGUGAUUCUAGGAGAAUGCUCCGCGACGCGCGUCCGUUCUAAAACGAUCGCCGUAGCGACAGCAGUGCAAGCUGUUUUUGGAAUCGGAAUGACGGUCGCCAUUCCGUACAUGAUUAAUCCGGCCGAGGCAAAUAUGCAGGGCAAGUUGGGAUACUUCUAUGGCGGGCUGGGUGUCAUAUGCCUUAUUUGGGCGUAUUUUAGAAUCCCGGAGACCAUGGGUAGGACGUAUGAAGAGCUGGAUUUACUGUUCGAUAGGAAGGUCCCCGCGAGGCAGUUUAAGGGGUACCAGGUGGACAUUGCUGCUGUUUCGGCUGAGUCCUAA